GAAGUGACUUCGGAAUGAAAGGACGUUUGACUUGAUGUAUUUUUAAAACGAAAGAAUCUAAGGUAGACCGAAUCUAAUCUUACUCAACUCUUUUUGUUGUUACAGAGAAAUUGCAACAACUGGCAUCAGGGACGGUCCCGUAGGCAAGUCAAGAAGAGUUUAGUUUACUUUACUACACUUAUUCUUAUACUACACUUCUUACUUCUUACACUUACUGACUGUUAUUAACUGAACUCUACUAGUACUAGUAGUAUUUACUCUAGGAUAAGGAAAAAAAAAAUGUUGGUGGUCGUUUUGGUAGUGGCAUGGGGAAUGGGUGAACGUGAAGAAAUUAUGAUGAUUUUUGAUUUUGGACUCUGUCAAAUUCAUGGCAAUUAAUUAAUAUAAUAAUUAUGAUAUUAUUUAGGCUAGAUAAUAAUAAUAAAUAAUAUCUAAGUCUAAGUUAGAUAUGCAUGUAAUUGAAAUAGAUGAUGACUGAUACUGAUGAUAAUGACAGAAGGGUGCAAUUUUAUUUUAGGCAGUGUCUACACGUCCGGCGCGCCGGACGUCUAUCUCCCGCACUAUGUGUCCGGCGACCAAGUCACAUGACCGCCGUAACAAAGUCGCGAGAGAUAUCGUGUCGGUCAGCCUUGUCACGUGACUGCGAAUAAUUCAAAACUAUUGUUAAUUUUAAAAUCUAUUUCUCUACCAAGUAAUGUACUGAGUAUCUUGAAUGCAAAUAAUAGAAAAAGAAACUUAAGUGAAAGUGGCUUGUAAACAUUUUUGUUUAGUUUGUUAUUUUUUAUGUACCAGUAAUCCAUAAAAUAAAUUAGGGGCCAGUGUGGCAACCAAUAAAAGUUAAAGAUUUCAUUUUAAAUUAUUUCAAUUGCUACAAAAUAUUUAAAAACUUCUCAUGAAACUACUGUUGCUGAUACUAUUGUUAAUUUUAAAAUCUAUUUCUCUACCAAGUAAUGUACUGAGUAUCUUGAAUGCAAAUAAUAGAAAAAGAAACUUAAGUGAAAGUGGCUUGUAAACAUUUUUGUUUAGUUUGUUAUUUUUUAUGUACCAGUAAUCCAUAAAAUAAAUUAGGGGCCAGUGUGGCAACCAAUAAAAGUUAAAGAUUUCAUUUUAAAUUAUUUCAAUUGCUACAAAAUAUUUAAAAACUUCUCAUGAAACUACUGUUGCUGAGGAACAUGAUAAUAUAAAUAUAUACAAAAUAUUUUAAUUAAAAUGGGAAGAAAAAAAACGACCCUAUCCCCGGUAUAGAUCCUCAAACAUUCCUAUCGUCAAGCAACCACUCUACCACAAGACCAGACAAGAUGUACUAAAUCGCACUUUGUUUGGAAUUAUAAAAACUACUAGCCGUCCGGCCAUGUCCGGCGGUCACGUGACAAGUCACCGGACGUGUAUCUUGCGCACUACACGUCCGGCGCGCCGGACGUGUAGACACUUCGUUUAUUUUAAAACAGAACAUCUAUUUCUAUAUUCUAUAUCAAUGAUCAACUAUACUCUGACUAUAGAUAGGUACUUUGACACAAAAUUAAAAUAUUGCCCGAUUGCCAUGAAUUAUACACCAGUUUAAAGGGCUAGCUGUAAGCUUUACAACAACACCAAUUUCAUCUUUCUAUCUUUUGUAGAAGUGGAGUUAUGAUUUUUUUGGUGAUUUUUUUACAACCCCCUUCUUUAUCUUAGUACUUAGUAUUUAACUGAAAAAACGUGUGACCCACUUUCCUAAUUUGUGCCUUAUUUUGCCCAAAACUUUUUGAUUUUAAAUGAUAAUGCUACCAAAUUUUCAGGAGACAUUCUCAAUACAAUAUACUGCACAACAAAAUUUUAUAUAACAUCAAGACUUUUAUUUUUUAUAUAUUUAUUCGAGGGUAUGUUAAAAAAAAAGUGAAUAGAAAAUUUGGGAAAAUCAUUAUUUAUACAGGAAAAAACGAAAAAAGUAACAUGUUUUUUUAAUUUUAACUAAUUUUAUUAUGGCCGGCACUAUGUACACCGCGGCGGUGUACCUAGCGAAACUAUUAACUUUGGCCUGCGUACACCGCGGCGGUGUACCUAGCUUUUUCAUGGUCUGUGGCCUGCGUACACCGCAGCGAUUUACAGUAGCCAAACUAUGGUCUUUGCGAGCCUUUAACUUUUUGGCCUAACCGGUACUUGUAGAUUUAAUGUUAUACUCGUGUUAAAACUGAAAACUAUUAAAAAUUCGUUUAUUACCUUGGGAAGAUAUUGAGUAAGGUCCACGCGUAUGUGGCAAAUAUCUUGAAAUACAAAUAUAUUUAUUAAUUGUAAGUUUUAUCAUAUGAUUGUGAAUCUUAAUUUGAAAUUAUUCUCUCAUGCCCACCCCCACCCAGUUGUUAGUUGUUUUGUUUUGGGUUUUUUUUUUUGUUUUUUUUUUGGGGGGGUGCCUUAUAAAUAUAACAUUGUAUGUGAUCCCUCGGGGCAUGGUGUAAAAAUGAAUGGGAAGACAGUGUAUCUAUUUUGUUAGCACCAUGAUAUAAUUACACCACAAAUACACUACGGGAAGAGAAUCACAUACUCAUACAUUGAUCAUGAAGUCGUGAAGUUAAAGGAUGCAAAAGGUAAGUUUGUUGUGCGGACGUCCUUUGUGGACCACCCCUAUCCUGAGCCGUGAUUUGUGAAUGCCCUCUUUUUGGUUAAGCCUCUGCCCAUAACUCACCACCACCCCCCACUCCCCGGCAAGGAUCGAUUUCUUAAAAAAAAAAAACAACAACAAAUACAAAAACUUUGACAUAGUGCAAAUCCUGUCCCAGGCGCAUUGUGCAAUGGUUUCUGUGAGAAAACGUCGUGUUUUACCCUGAGAAUAGCACAUGCCAUGCCAUUCUGGAAACAAAUUACGUCAUGAAAAGGGUAAACGCAGACCUAUGGCUUUGCUAUACAGUUUGCUACCGCUCCGCAAGUUUCUAAAAUCGAGGUGUUUUCAAAAGAUUUGCUGUGAGACUGAGUGUUGUGAAUGAACCUUUGAUAUCGUAUGUACAUUUUGCCAAUGCAUAAGGCAUAGUGAAAGCAAGAUGGUUCAAGGUUGAAAUACGACCAUGCACAUUAAUAUUCAUAUGCAUGAAUAUUAUUCAUACUGGUAUUUUCUUUGGUUGUUCGUAAAAGUAAAAUGUAAAUAUUCAACUAUACGAAGAAUGUUGAAAUACAAUAGAAUAUCAGUCACUUAGUAUUCAUAAUGUUUCUGUUAUACAUGAUCAUCAUGUAUUACAUGCGCUUUCAGAAACUUUAAGUUUGUUUUCAAAUGUCUAAAGUCUUAUUACUAAAGUUACCGGUAUUUUCAAAGUCAAAGGCCGGCACAACUUGUUGAAACACUUAUAUAUAUAAAUAAAUAUAUAAAGUGUAUUUAAUAUAAUAUUUAAACAUAUAUUUAAAUUGUUUCAAUUGCUACAAAAUAUUUUAAAACUAAAAUGGGAGGAAAAAAACUCGAUCCCCUACUGAGAAUUGAUCUCAAACUAUAUUAUCGCCAAGCGUCCACUCUACCACUUGACCACACAAGAUCCUCUCCAACAAGUAUAUCUUAAAACCAGGCCAAUGGUAAAUUUUUUGCCGCGGUGUACCCAGGCCAAAGCCCACGAUUUCACUAGGUACACCGCCGCGGUUUACGCAGGCCGAAGCCGAUGGUUUCGCUAGGUACACCGCCGCGGUGUACGCAUCCACUUUGUUUUAUUAUACUUGUGUUAAAUUUUAAAUCAAUUAUGACAUUUUUUAAAAGGUAAGUAGCUCUUUUUUAUAUAUAAAAUUGAACGCAUGUUAUUAUAAAUAAAAAUUACUCAAAUAAAAUCAUCCAUGAUAUGAGACAAAUUCAUAAAAAAUUUUAUUUGAUAUAUUAAAUAAUUGUCUUUGUACUGCUUUUCUAUGUCCUAAUAAAAAUAUAAUUACCACGAUGAUGUUGUUUGAGUCUUGUUUAUUAAUUUGAUGUAUUGUAAUAAAACUUUUAUAUAUAGGAUUAACUAAAAAUAUAUAUUAUCUAGACUAAUAGAAUAAGUAAAAGUGAAAAAUAUUGGCUUAAUAAUUAAACUUUCGCCUAAAUAGACUAUAGGAUUAUAAUUACUGUUGUUUAUAAUUAUUAUUGAUAUGUAGGCCUAAUUUAAGUAAUAUUAUUCCGAAUAAGUAGUAAUUAUUAAGAAAAUAACAACUAUUAUUAUUGGUAUUACUAUCAUAAAACUAUUAAUUAUUGUUUAAUGAUGAAGAACUGACUGAAGAACGAUAAACAGCCCGAUAAACUGAGUACUGGUGCACACAAUUUUUAACGUAAAAAAUAAAACUUAAAAUCAAGCCUUGGUCACUACAUAAACCUUUUCAAGUUUGGUUAUAAUUAUAAUAUUUUCUUAAUUUUUUUUUGUGGUAAAAUUAUUUAUUUUAAACUUCUUAUAAUAUUCAGAUGUUUAAAGUUUAAGGAUUUAAAAAUAACAAAUCACUCCAUAAUUGACAGUGAAAUUGAUAGUCAUUUCCGGCUUCUCGAUAAAAAAAAAUAAUAAUAAUUUUGGGACAUUUUCGUACCCCCACUCCAUUGGGAGAUGCAUAACUUUUCAGGGGCAUAGUCAUGAUAAUAACUCAAAAAAGGAAAAAACUCAUACGAUGAAUGUAGUUCGCACUACCUUAUUUGCCUAAAAUUACUAACAAAAAAAUUUUUGGGUGAUUUAUAUACCUACCGAGUCAUUAUAAUAAUACUGUCCGUGAUACACAAAAUAUUGUAGCAUAAAUCAAAAUAUCACCGGAGCACAAAAACUGAUACGUCAGUGAUGAGAAAAGCAAUUUUUUAAUAAACAAAUGUGACGUAGUAUGCAAUUUUCCAAUGAUACCCUGUAGCCGUACGCCAUACUGUAGAGCACAUUUUUUCGACAUUUUAGGACAUGCGCAGAACGGUGCAUGGACAAGUAUUGUUAUUCCUACUAUAGACUAUUUUACUCUAGUUCAAUACUGCUGACAGCAGUGAUUAAAUACUGAUGAAUACAUAUACAUACAUCUAGCACGCGUUUUUCAUAAAUACAUUACGGCCCGCCUUACAUUUUGAGUUGUGCAGGCCUGUCAUAGAAGAUAGGAUAGGGCUGGGGGGACUACCUGACUAUAUAAGUAGUAUUACUAUUACUAAUUACAAACAAAGGCCUAGCCUACCUAUUUAAAAUUUACAAACUAAAUUAUUAUCAGGGCCUUAGCCUUAGCCUAUGCCUUUACCCUAGUCCUAGCAAUAGGCCUUAAACUUAAACUUAAACCUUAGCACUAGGCCUUGUCGUCUUGUGAUUCACUCACUGAGUAAUGAAUAAUCGAGGAUGGGUAUACCUUGAUGAUGACCAAAACAUAAUCAUAAAUAACUACGAUUUGUCAUUGGAAUUUCUGCCAUGUGCUAUAGCAGUGGUUCUCAACCUUUCUAGUGCCGCGACCCCUUAAUACUGUUUCUCGUGUCGUGGCGACCACCAAGCCACACAGUUAUUUUCGUUGCUACUUCAUAGCUGUAAGGAUAUAUGUUUUCAGAUGGUCUUAGGCGACCCCUGGAAAAGGGUCCCGCGACCCCCAAAGGGGUCGCGACCCACAGGGUAAGGAACCGCUGUGCUAUAGGGAUAUAAAAUUUAAAAAACAUCAGGUAGAUCAACAUUAUGAGGGUCUAAAGUGUAUUUUAUCUUUUCUAAUUACUGGUGACUGUGAAAAAACGUAAACUACAAUGUACGGCCACGUAACAAGAAAACAAGGGCUUGCCAAAGAAAUAUUGCAGGGCACCACAAGAGGAGGGAGAAGAAGAGGAAGACAAAGAAAAAGAUGGGAGGAUAACAUCAAAGAGUGAACAGGACUAACACUGGGCGAUGUUGUGCGUAGUGCAGAUGACAGAGACCAAUGGAGGAGGAUAGUUCACAUGUCAUCUGUGGCGCCCCAACGUACCAAGGACUAAGGGACAUGAUGAUGAUGAAUUAUAUUUUAUAGGCAUAAAAAACAAAGUUAAUUUUUUGUAGGCCUCCAGAUGAGAUCUACUCUAUCCACAUAUUGUAAAUCAUUUAAGUUAAUCGAAUAAAAGUUUAAGACAGAUCUGGUUCCUAAUUUGAAAUUUAUAUCUUAACCUAAUAACUUAAUUCACAAAAAAUGAUCACAUAGUGAUAAGUAGAGACCGACUGAAAGUGAUUUUCUGAUUUCGGCCGAAGCCAAAUAGGCCGAAAAUUUAAAAUGACUUUCCGCCAAAACCGAAAAUAGGCCGAAAUUUUAAAAAUGACUUUCGGCAGAAACCGAAAAAAGGCAGAAAGUUAAAAAUGAUUUUCGGCCGAAGCCGAAACCGAAAAUGAAAUAUUUAGAUAUUUUGAAAUUCGUUCCGGCAUUCAUUCUGCAUACAUGGAAAAUGAUAGGGGAAAGUAUAAAUAUUUACAUUCUUUCUAGAAAAAAAUGAGAAAAAUCGUGAAUAUUAAUAAAUAAAUAUCUAAUAUAACAUCUUGUUGUUAAAGAUAGUUUAGUUUGUUGUUAAAGAUGGUUCAGUUUUUUGUUAAUGAUCACUUUAUUUGUUCUUAAAGAUCAGUUAGUGUUCAUAAAGAUCGCUUAGUUUGUUGUUAAAAAUAUUUUAUUUUGUUAGUUUUUGUUUAAAGAUCUUUUAGUUUGUUAUUAAAGAUCAUUUAUUUUGUUCAAAAAAGAUAGCUAAGUUUUUUUCAUAAAGAUCGCUAAGUUUGUGUUAUUAAAAGAUCAUUCAGUUUGUUCAUAAAGAUCACUUAGUUUGUUCUUAAAGAUCAUUGAUUUUGUUCUUAAAUAUCGCUUAGUUGUUCUUAAAGAUCAUUCAGUUUGUUCUUAAAAAUCAUUUAGUUUGUUUUAUAGAUCUUUUAGUUUGUUAUUAAAAAUCGUUGAGUUUGUUCUUAAAGAUCGCUUAUUUUGUUGUUAAAGAUAGCUUAGUUUUUUCAUAAUGAUCGCUUAGUUUGUUCUUAUAGAUAAUUGAUUUUGUUCCUUAAGAUCGAUUAGUUUGUUCUUAACGAUCUUUUAGUUUGUUCCUAAAGAACAUUUAGUUUUCUGUUAAAGAAUGCUUAGUUUAUUCUUACAAAUUAUUUAGUUUACUAUUAGAGAUCAUUUGUUUUGUUCUUAAAGAUCAUUUAGUUCGUUCUUAAAAAUCGCUUAGUUUGUUCUUUAAGAUCAUUUAGUUUUUUAUUAAAGAUCGCUUAGAUUGUUCUUAAAUUUUGCUUAGUUUGUUGUUAAAUAUUGUUUAGUUUGUUCUCAAAGAUUGCUUAAUUUGUUCAUAAAGAUCGCUUUAUUUGUUUUUAAAGAUCACUUUAUUUGUUUUUAAAGAUUGUUAAGUUUUUUCUUAAAGAUGGCUUAAUUUGUUCUUAAAGAUCGUUUAGUUUGUUCUUAAAUGUCGCUUAGUUUGUUGUUAAAUAUUGCUUUUGCUGAGUAUUAGAUGACCAAAAACCACAGUCACUUUCGACUGGAUGGCCAAAAGUCUAAGUCUAUUUCGGCCGAAACCGGAAAAAACCUGAAAGUUAACUUUUCUCUUUCGGCCAAAACCGAAAAAAACCUGAAAGUUAACUUUUCUCUCCUGCGGCCGAAACCGAAAUUAACGCCAAAACCGAAGCCGAAUCCGAAAUUCGGUCGGUCUCUAGGGAUAAGCUACAACAUUUGGAAAUCUUCUAAUGUUUUGAGUUAUGAGUCUAGAAUCAUUAAUUGUUACAAAAACUAAUGGAAAACUAGAAAGAUAAAUAGCAAAAGGGCAGUAGUUUUUCGCUUUGUAUCAUAUUAGACACUGAAAGCUAUUACAUGUAGAAUGGAAUGAAAAAUCACAACAGUGUUCAUGAGACUUUCACUUGUUUUUUUUAUUUAUUGGUUUUAUAUACAUUUUUAUUGUGAUCUAUUUGCUUUGCAGAUAAGCACUGAAUCUAACACACAAUGGGUCAAGCUGGAUCCAAGCAAGAGAUGUUUUGGGAGGCCUGUGGUUUUGGUCGAGCCCAUUUAGUUCAAAAAUUCAUUGAACAUGGCAUAGAUGUUAACUGGGUGUCAUCUAUUGUAAGUAAUUCAUCGAAGGUUCCUUUUUAAAAUUUUUUUUUAGCUAUUUUUAAUUGUUAAAUUCUUGCUGCCAAAAUGCUUUGUUUGGUUAGAUUAUUACUUGUCUAUAGAAGUUAUUGAGAGUAUUUAUUAGAGACUGUAUUUUGAAAUGAAUGAAUUUACCAGACCCUCUUUACUUUUACAAUUUUGGUGUACAAUGUAUGAUUUGAGAUUUCUUUUAUGAUUGUAUGCCAAGACCAGUCACAACUACAAUUUUAAGAGACUGGGUUGAAAAUAUAUACAUUCCGAUAGUUUUUCAGAUACAAAAAUAAAUAAUUUUUAUUCAGCCCCUUUCGACAUCCAGCAAUGAAUGGCUCAAGAAAUAUGAUUGGUUGGGGACCAUCUAUAAGUAUUUUAUGUUUAAGUAAGUCUAUAUAAAUAACACAGCCACUUUUUGUAAUGAUGGUGAUGACGGUCAUAUUGCUGCUUUGUGUUUUCAUAAUGAACAGACUAGACACGGCAAUAGUAAUUGUUGCGGAGCUGCCCAAGUGACAAUUUUGUUAAAUCCUCGCUUUUGUUAGCUUGGAUGCUUUAUGAAGUAAUUUCAGACAUAAUUAUCUUUGUUUGGCUGAACUGGGGCGAGUGCAUAAACAAAGAAACUUGUUUUUAAAAAAAAGAAAUGCAUUUUCAAUUUCCACAUGUGAGAUCAGAGAGGGCCUUUAAUAUCUGUUUUUAGAAUACAUUAAACAGCUGUAAGAUUUUUAACAUACCUCUUCUGUUUCAACACUCGAGUCCUCUUUCUUUCCCCCAUUUACAGCUUGUGGUAGUUACCAAACUAUAAUAUUUUAACGGAAACAGGUAUAAUGGAUAUAAAUUCUAUUUUAUUUAAAAACAUCUUUUUCCUUAAAAAUAAAUCUCAAGUUACUUGGUAGAUUUUGCAAAUGAUGUCCUCAUUUGUAAAUUAAUUCUUAUUACAAUAACAUUUAUGAUGAACCACUUUUAAUUUCACCAGUAACUUUAUUUUUAUCUGUGAUAAUGUGAUCUGCAUCUUCACUCAAAUUUUAAUUGGUAUAUAUAGCAGAUACAUGCCAGCAAUACAAAGUGACAAAAGACUGGAAAAUAAACGUCAGUCAUCUACUUUGGGCUAUUACCAUCUUUGAUGUCAGCUUAACUUUAGUUAUCGUAUACAUUAUAUAUGUUUUAUGUUUAUUUAUUUACUAUUAAGAUACUGUAUUUUACGAUUUUGAGACGAUAUUGUAUGACUUAAGGAGUUUGAGGGUAACCAGGUCUGCUUUACGAAUCUAAUAUUUUUUCUUUUAAAAAUAUACAAUUUUACUCUAUUAUUAUUUUUAAAAUUAUAUUUCUAGCAUAUCAUUUAAAAUAUAUUUUACAAUUCAAACACAAUUUUAUUAGUUCAAUAAGUUUUCUUUAUAAAACUUUGAUCUCAAAACAUCAUUCUUUUAAGUAUUGUUGCCAAAUAUUUUUUUAAUAUUAUUGUUUCCUUUAUCUCAGCAUGGCUGUAGUCCUAUUCAUGUUGCAUCUCAAGGAAAAGCUGAUGUUGUCCAACUUCUCAUUGAUGCAGGCUGUGAUCUCACUGUUGUGGAUUCAGUAAGAAUGUCUUUUUUUCAUAAAUACUUUAUAAAAUCAAUUAUUCCCCACUUUCAGCUAUAGUUUUUCACAGAAAAUUUAUUUAAGAAAACCAUAUCUAUUGACAGAGAGGAAACACUGCUGUUCAUCAUGCUGCCAUGCAAGGUCAUGCUGACAUUAUCCAGAUGUUGGCAGAUUCAGGUGCUGAUAUAAAUGCUCAGGAUAAGGUAAAUUAGUACAAUUUUUUUAAAUUAAAAAAAAGUUUUAAAAAAUUCACAAAUUCACAUGUGUUUGACUUCAGAUGUCCUUAAUAUUAUCUUAAGAUUUUACUUCUUUUUAAAAUAUUUUUGUUUGAGUGAAUGAAUGCUUGCAGUAAGUUUGGGCCAAUUAUAUCUUCAGAACUUAAAUAAUGAACAAUUAAAAUAUUCUGUAGGCAGCUGUGCUCCAGUUUGAAUAAUCUUAUUGGAAACAUUCUAUUCCUCCUUUAUCUAACUUUCAGAAUGGGUGGACACCUUUGCAUUGUGCUGCCUAUUACGCCCAUCUACGAGCAGUGGAGAUUUUAGUAAGAAACCAUUGUGACACAAGCAUUCUUAACAAGGUAUGUACACAUUUAUCACUUUUUUGUUUACUUAAUCUUUAAAAAAAAAUUUUUUUUAAUGUCAAAGCUUCCUAAAUAUUUUGACUUAAGGAUGGGGGAUGUUAAUAUUGUUGAAAAAUAAUUUUUUAAAAAAUCCUUUCAUUUGUUUAAUAUGAUGCUUAAAAAACAGCAUUUAAAAUGGUUUAUCCAUCUUCCCCAGGAUGGCAGGUCAGCCCUUAUAGAGACAGCUAGAUCCAAAAAUUAUCAAGAUGAAAAGAUCCUUGGUGAAAUUGCACGUCAUUUGAUUAAAGCUGGAUGUGAUGUUAACCUAAAAUGUACAGAUCUUGGAGAGGUAAUCAUGGAUUCUUCAUGAUAAAUAGAAUUUUAUAUUGAAUGGAUUCACAGAAGUAAGGAAAUAAAAGAAAAAGGUUAUUUUUAUUUCUUCAACAAUGAAAGAAAACUUUUGCUCUAGUCUUAUUAUUGGAAGUAUGUAUCAAUUUCAGUAUUUCUGCUUUGUCAUUUAAUGUAUACAAAUUAUUAUUAUUGUUAUUAGUGGUCUUAUAUAGCAUGGUACCCCAGCUCGCCACGCUGUACAUAAAAAUAUUAGCAAACAUAAUAAUGACAUUAAAAAAAACAUACAUUUAUUUAAUUAAAAAACAGCUAUAUGACAACAAAACAAAAACAAAUGUAUAUUCACAUCACCCACCCCUUUACAUGUCAAGCCAUGUACAGCAACUAGCAGCAUUGUUUAUCGGCAAUUGGGGGGAAUCAGUCGGGACAGUAGAGUUUAAAGAGAUGUGUUUUGAGUGCAGUUUUGAAGGUCUUUAUGGUCAGUAUAUUGCGGAUGUGUUGUGAGAGAUUAUUCCAUUGUCUGGGGGUGCAGAGAGAGAACGAUCAUUCAGCGUAUGUUUUAGUGUGUAUUCUGUGAAUAGAAAGAAUACUCGUGUCUGUGGAAGAACGAAGCUUUCGAAGGGGUAAUAUACAGUAAGAAGUUCAGUAACAUAGUAAGCGCAGGAACCAGCGAAAAAGUUGUCACAGAGAAUAGACAGCUUGUAAUCAAUGUGUGCCUGUAUGGGGAGCCAAUGAAGUGAGUGAAGUAGUGGAGUGAUGUGAUCUUUAUUUUUUUGUUAAAAUAGCAAAAAAUAUAUUUUGACAUUUGUAAAUGAUUCAUGUUAGAUUCUGUUAAAAAAGACAUUAAAAAAAAUCCAAUUCACAGGCCAAUUUUACUGGUCUGAUGUUUGCGGCAUAUCACAAUCAUCUUGAUGUGGCUUCUGCAUUUAUUGAUGGUGGCUGCAAUCUCAACAGUGCCAGUUGUUAUGUGAGUUUAAAAAAAAAUUGUUUCCCUUUUAUCACGUUUCGAUUUUUAUUGAUUAUAUUAAUUGAAAUUACAAUACUGUGAUCGUAAGCAAAAAAAAAUAAUUGAGUGUCUCCUCUUUUGAAAUUCCUCCUCAUAGAAACAGUAAGCAUGUACAUACUUCGUCAAUUUUGUGUGCAAAUUGAAAUGAUUUAGACCAGCGUUUCCCAAACUGUUAAGUUUUACGGACCAGUGAACAAGUUUCGAAACUGCACCAGGGACCGGUGCCAGAUUUAUUAAUUACAUUUUCUUUCUAUUUAAACAUCAAUAUUCAUGCUCUCUGGAUCGGUAAUGUAAGGCUUGCGGACUGGUGCCGGUCCAUGGACCACCGUUUGGGGAAUGCUGAUUUAGACCAUUCACUUUCAGGGGUUUAUCUACUUGGCCAUUGCUGUAAAUUAGAAAGAAAAGUUUGGUUAUUCCCACAAAAUUAACUUACAUAAAAAAUUUUAGUGGCUGUUUGUGACUGUUCAAAAUUUACUACGUUUUCUAUUGAUAAAUUUAUAGCCAAUUCUGAAUCUCCAUGUUGUUUUUUAAAAUUCCUGAAACAGACAAAGUGGACAGCCUUACAUUGGGCUGCAGAUUGUGACAAUGCUGAGAUGGUUUACCUGCUGUUGGAUGCUGGAGCUGACCCUACACAAACUGGAAUGGUAGGUGCAAAUAUUUGUUUAAAACAUAACAUCUUGUGAUAAACUUAAAUUUAUGUGUUGCAUCCAGAGGGUUUAUGGGAAAAACUUGUCAUAGAAAAAAUGUUUUUGAAAAAUCGCAUCGUAACACUUUUUUUAUCGCCUGGAAAACUCAUAGGAGAAAAUGCAUCUUUGUUAAUUCUUGAAAGGUAAAUGAGAGACCCCCUGUAUAAGAAUAGUAUAACUGCUUCAGGGAAUUAACUUAUGAAAAUGAUAAAUGGGUAAUCAUUGUUAGUUUUGUUUAAAGCUUUAGGAAAGAUGGAAUGCAUUAUUUACCUUCAAUACUUAAAAUAGUCCCAAAAAGGCAUUUCAAAUGUUUAAAAUCUCUACAUAUAAUGUUCUCAUGAUCUGAAAUGUAAAAAUGAAUAACUCUUUUUAUUUACAGAACUUUACCAUCUGAUAUUCAUUAACUGUAAAUUUAAUUUUAAUACAUUUUUUGCCCAAUAUCAAUUUUUGUAACAGAAAUUUUCUGUGACGAAGUGUUCCAAAACACAUGUAAAAUAUUGUGAUAUUUGCAAUUUCAACUUCAAAAUGUGUGAAAGAAUUUUUAUUCCUGAGAAUUUUUAUAUUUUUAAGUUACUUGCUUCCCUAACCACCAUUAAAUGCAAUGUAAAUUAUAUUUAUUUCUUGUUAAAUCCAGAGAGGAGAGCUUGCUUCAGACAGGGCAAAAGAUGUGGAGACCAAAGAAAUCCUAGAUAAAGCUAUUUUGACUUUCCGUGAAGGAGAUAAAGGGGAGACAGCUUCACUUUCAUCGUCACAUUCAAUCAAUGCACAAGCGUCUCUUGACACAGCUCGAGCCCUGGAGGUCAGCAGUGAUUAAUUUAUGUUCAUAAACAGAAUUACUGUAAAUAAAAUUAAGGAAUAAUAUGAGUGUGAACAGAAAUACAAAUUCUUUCAAAGUUAUUACAUUUUGUGAGCCCUGGAAGUCAGCUACGGGUGAUUAAUGAACUUAGAAGGUAAUUUAUUUGACAUUUUGUGAGUUUCACUCCUAUUUUGAUGACAUCCUUUACUGAAAAGUGGGAGACAAACCAUUAGAUCUGCCGGUAAUGUGGUAGGCUUAAAGUUAACUUAAGGCCUAAAAAAUUUUUACACCAAAUUCAUGUAUUAAUCAUAUUCUCUGUGGGUCAUUCAAAGAAGUUUACUUAUUUGUAAGUACUGAUGCUAUAAAACAACAGACAUCUCACCAGUCCCUCAGCAAGCCCAGCACCACCCAGAAGUAGGAAUACAUUCACAGCAACAGUCAUUUAAGGAUGUCAUUUACAAAGUCAUUUAUUUUCCUCAAACCAUGUCAAUCACAGAACUGGGAAAGCUUCAUUUAAAAGACAAACUCUAAUAACAUUCUUUUAAAACUUUCAGAGUCUGUCCACCCACGCUAAGAACAGAGACAUCCUGUCAGCCCCCAUGCCAACCAUGCCGGCUUUAGGCAUCGCCUCAAGAUCUGAUCCAAAGCUGAGGUACACCCGCAGGAACAUCAAUGAAGUGGCCGCUAAAAGUGUGAACUCAAAUUUCCCAUGGAAGAGUUACUCAAAGCAGGGUUCACCCAGUCCUGACAAGGAUGGCCUCACUGGAAUGGUGGACGAGGAGAGGAGAAGAAUGUUUCCCUCUCAGGAUGACAGGACCAAUGCAUUCAUGGAUUCACUUGCACAGAGGAUAAACUACAUGACUAACAAAAUAGCAUCCAUGAGCCAAUUUGACAGCCAUCAACAGUCCAAUGGCGGCCAUGCUAGUCUCAAAGGAUCUGACGGAACUCUGACGGAAAAAUCCACAAACGGCUUUGAUAGCUCUGAGGAUUCAGGGUUAUCGACAAGAGAGGGAAGUCGCAUCACUUCUGAGUUGGCCACUCCAGAGGAUGGAGUGAAUAAUUCCCUGGCUUUGAAUCUCAAGCAUUCUGCUUCUAGAAGUGAGGAUGAGAAAAGUUCCAGUCCAAGAUCUCUGAAGUCUACUUCUGGAGCGUCUUCAAAAGUGUCGAGCCCGAUGAAGAACGAUGACAUGCUGGAUGCCGAGGCUGAUGCGUGUAUAAUUGAGGAGAGUCAUCGCGGAUUUUCCAUUCUCCGUGCAUUGCAGGAGAGGCACAGGCGUAGCAUGUGUUUGGAUGAGACAGCUAUGGCUGCGCAGGCUGUGAAAGAUUCACUCUCAAAGCCAGAGGUGACCUCCCAUGUGUAAUUAUGUACCUGCUUAGCUAUAUACUCUGAGAAGUUGACUUUCUUUUGAACAUUUAAACUUUCUAGCACAUUAUCUUAGCUUGGGAUUUUUUAUUUUUCCUUGGUAAUAUUUAAAAAAAAAAAAUCUUUGUACAUUUAGAAAUUCAAUACCAUAUUUAUCCUGGUAUUUAAUCACAUAGAUUAGAUUUUUAAGUGUAGUAGAUGAACAGAAAGGAGAAUUAAUCACGGAAAAUAGUAAAGUAUUGGAGAGGUGGGCUGAAUAUUUUGAGGACAUACUGAAUGCAGACAAUAGACAAGAAGAAGAUUAUCAACUCCCAAAGGGAGGACCAGACCCGUUUAUACAAUGCCCAACACUAGAAGAAACCAAAGAGGUAAUUAAUUACAUGAAAAAUCACAAAGCCCCCGGACAAGACCUUAUCACAGCAGAACUGAUUAAAUAUGGAGGAAAAGAACUACACAAUCAGAUACAUAAACUUAUAAGUAAAAUUUGGCAAGAGGAGAAAAUCCCGACAGAAUGGGAAACAGCAUUAAUAACCCCAAUACACAAGAAAGGCUCCAAACUUCAGUGCACAAACUACAGAGGAAUCUCCCUAUUAAAUGUUACAUACAAAAUACUGACGAAACUUAUUGCCAAAAGACUACAACCUUACACUGAAGAAAUACUAGGUGAUUACCA